AUGUCACUUUCCGUUCCCACCUCCGGUCAGUGCUCGAACGACGCUGCAUCUCCCCCUUAUCGAACCGCCGCAGAGAGGGUCUAUCGGAUACCGGGAUUGCUCGAGAACAUCGUGUCUUUCCUGCAUCGCCAACGGGACUACUUGAACCUAGCGUUGGCGUCCAAGGAAGGAUUCGCUAUUCCGGCUUCGGAGUUCUACAGGAGUACUAGGCGCGAAAUACUCGUCAAGUCGUUCCAGCGUGGCUGCGAUCCGGAUCGUUUUGCUAUCUAUGCAAAAGGUGUACGCGAAUUGAGUUUACCCAGCGCCAACUUCAGCUGUUCGAAACUUCUCGGGCAGCAUCCGAGGUUACGAGAGAUCAGUAUCUACUGGUGCACAUAUAUAGGGCAAGAGACGGCCCAGAAUUCCCAACUUUACUCUUCCGGACAUCAAUCUGUGGAGGUGCACGGCCUCAGUCUGAAGGGACAUCUGCAGCAUGAUCAGCGAUGGUUCGUUGAAGGACCCUACCAGAUCGAUGAUGAUGCGCAAAUCAAAUGGAACGGAUGCCUGUCAUUGCAUACCGACCAGCUACCGCAGCGCGAAGCCGUCCGGACAAUCGACGAGAUCCUUGGUCAUCUUGCUUCGACGGUCGGCAAUGCAGUGUCGCCCUGGAGUAUCCUACGCGACUUGCAUUCGCCGACAGUAACCAUCUCCCUGGGCAAAUUGGAGUCGCUGUUGCGCGGAUGCCCCGGUCUGGCUACCUUGUCUUGCGUCUUAUCUCGCUCAGGCGAAACGGCAACGUACAUGGAGACUCUAAGCGAGUUACUUCGAGGACCCGGAGCGAAUCUGACAAAGCUCGUAUGCAAGGCAAAGGGUGCCGACCUGUGCAUGUUCGCUCGACACCUUGCGAUCUGCCCAUUGCUGAGCGUGACUGGAACUCUUGACUGGAAUCCACAUAGAGGUGUCGCAGUUCCUUCGCCAAUCGACGGCGCCAAAGUCGUUCACCUCUUUCUGAGUAUUCAAAUGCCGAGAGGAUGGCUCGACUCGGUUCCCGGGCCCCUGGAUGUAGCGAGAUAUCUCAGACGUAGCGUCCUACCCGGAAGCCAAAUCACGAUUAUUGAUAGCCUUAGCGAAUAUGGCGGCGAUCAUCAAAAGCUGUGGAAGACAACCCUUCGUAUGACCUUGGAGACAUUGGAAGAUGACGACAAGAGAGGGAAAGCGCAAGCUGAGGACGCAGCGCAGCCGGUAUGAUAGACAGAGAGUGAGCGAGAAGAGCGGUACCCAAGAAGCAAGCUCUCCCGAAG